UAUGGCGCUGACUGACUCCUAACCAAUCGCGUGUCGUACUUUGCUGCUCUUUGUCAUGUUCGAACCUGUCAACGCCGAAGGCAAACCAAACAAGGAAGUUGCCGAAUGCUUCUAACAUUUUAUACAUGGCCGGAAUUGACUAAUGUGUGGGUCGAGACAUAGGUUCCGCUGUACACACAAUAGACUGGAGAAACGGCGUAUGCGAAUGUGUAUUCAUGUGUGCUCUACGAAUGUAGCAUCGUUACUUGAAUGAUUGACUCAUGCGAGUGAGUGUUUUGUUUUGUAAAUUGUAAGGUUGGUGUUCUUCCUCGGCUUCCGUUGUUGGCCUAGCAUGAGUUCUUCGCACACUGGCAGUGAUGCAGAACUGCGUGUGGGGGCAAAGGCUCCAUCUUAUCACCUAGUUUUGGAGGGAAUCCUCAUUUUAUGGAUCAUCAGGCUUCUCUUCUCUAAAACCUACAGGCUCCAUGAGACAAAUAAACUGACUGAAAAGGAAAAAGAAGAUCUUAUUGAGGAGUGGCAGCCUGAACCUCUUGCUCCCACUAUUUCCAAAGAGUCGUCCCACAUUACCUAUGAUGUUGUCACAGGACCUCCCAGCCACAAAAUCAUAAUCAAUGGAAAAGAGUGCAUUAACUUUGCAUCAUUCAACUUCCUGGGUCUCCUUGACAACGAGAGAGUGAAGCAAAAAGCUCUGUCAUCCUUGAAGAAAUAUGGGGUCGGAACAUGUGGCCCGAGGGGCUUCUAUGGAACGUUUGAUGUUCACUUGGAACUGGAGAGUCGGCUGGCCAAAUUCAUGAAAACAGAAGAAGCCAUCAUCUACUCAUAUGGCUUUGCUACUAUUGCAAGUGCGAUCCCUGCUUACGCUAAGAGGGGAGACAUCAUCUUUGUGGAUGAGGCAGCCUGCUUUUCCAUCCAAAAAGGCCUACAAGCAUCUCGCAGCUUUAUUAAAUACUUCAAGCACAACGACGUGGAUGACUUGGAGAGGCUUCUAAGGGAGCAAGAGUUGGAGGACCAGCAGAACCCUCGUAAGGCUCGAGUGACUCGGAAGUUCAUUGUCGUGGAGGGACUGUACAUCAACACUGCUGACAUCUGUCCUCUUCCUGAACUGGUGAAACUGAAAUACAAGUACAAGGUGCGGAUUUUCCUGGAGGAGAGCAUGUCUUUUGGUGUGUUGGGAGAGCAUGGCCGAGGGGUCACAGAACACUUUGGAGUCAAUAUAGAAGACAUUGACCUGAUCAGUGCUAACAUGGAGAAUUCUGUGGCCUCCAUUGGCGGUUUUUGCUGCGGACGCUCUUUUGUAAUAGACCACCAGCGCCUGUCAGGCCAAGGCUACUGUUUCUCUGCGUCCCUGCCUCCUAUGCUAGCUGCUGCAGCCAUCGAGGCCCUCAGCAUUAUGCAAGAGAAUCCAGACAUAUUCACCGUUCUGAGGGAAAAAUGCACAUAUGUUUACAGAGGAUUGAAAGGAAUUCCAGGGCUGAAGUUGGUGGGAGUGCAGUUUGCCCCAGCUCUUCACUUGCAGCUGGAGAGAAGUACAGGCUCCAGAGAGUCUGACAUGCAGUUGCUGCGCUCCAUUGUAGAAUACUGUAUGGAGAGGAAAGUGGCGCUGACCCUCGCCCGAUACCUCGAAAAAGAGGAGCGAUAUCCCCCUCCUCCCAGCAUCCGGGUGGUGGUGACCGUUGAACAGACGGAGGAAGACAUACUGAAGGCCAAAUUCUGUAUCGUGGAAGCCGCUUUAGCACUGCUCAAGUGAAUGGAGGAUUUCAUUCCCCCCCCCCCCCCCCGCUUUGCCGAUGUCAUAGGACCUCUUCGUUCUCUUGACUGAGUCGUAAGCGUGAAAAAGAGUUAUUCACUCAGAUUGUGAGCAUACUUGCAACUGCUCGUAUUAUGAGGCCUUUUUAUAUCCCAACUCUGAAUGUUUUGUCUUUCAUUUAUUUCAUCUUGCCAUUAGAUAUUGUACAUUCAACUCAUGUUUUCUAAUUAUAGCAUAAUAAAACCCCACUGUGUAAAAUAGUCUUUAUUUGUACGGGAAAUUGGACAUGUAUUUUUGUUCUUGUCAGACGACACGUUUCCAGUUUUAGAUCAAUUAGGAUUACCAAAAUUAUUUAUAUUUGCUAAACGCUAGAAUGAUGACAGGAAGGGGGGGAAAAAAAAGUGUCCUUUCUGUGCGAUCAUCAGGUAUCAUAAUUUAAUAAAUAUUACUGAUUGAUGACCCAGCACAUGCCAAAAACGAUUAUGCGGACGUGCUAACCCGCAAAUGGAGGUGACACUGUGGCUCCCCUACGGUUUGAUAAACUGCAGCCUUCGAAGCCACCCUGCUCUGAGACUCCCCCAACAAGACCCUUUGGACCCUAAAGUCAUUAGCAGGUCCCCUCGAAAUCUUGGUUUACAGUCAUCAGAGUCCUUUCUUCGUUUGAACUCACAGCAGGCCAAAAGGGACCGAUCGAGCGAUGGGAUGCAAACACAGCAGCAAACGAGUGCGCAAGGCGCCACCCGCAGGGGUCGAGAGGAACUGCUAAGUCGACCGGGCGGACUCUCAUUUUGAUGUUUAACCAAGGAAAAAUGUCUGUUUUGAUAUUUCACCAACUCUGCAGAAUUAUUCCAAAUGUAUGCCUUGAAGUCUGUGUCGUCGUGUCAACUUUGCAAAUGCACCUGUGAGAUUUUGACCAUUGUUUGUCUUGAUUUGACUCCCAGCAGCAUGAAAUGUGAGUGGCCGUGGGCCACCCCUGCCCCUUUUGCCCUUUCUUUAUUCGGGCACACGGCUCGGUAACCAUGAAAGCCGGGAUAGAACAAACUUGGCACCGUGGGCCACCGCUAGGCGAUCAAAGCUACUACGAAGGUACCAGGUACGCUACCAGUCAAGCGGGAUCACUCUGAAAUUGCCAGCGAGCUACACACAAAAAAAAAAGGCAGGAAGAGAGACGGUCCGGUUCUCCCAAGAAGGCGUGAUGCACAUUUUUUUCUUCUUCCACGUCUUUCCUUUUUGUUUGAUUUUUCUAUAUAUUUUUCUUCUGCAACCAAAUCUGUCGCCUUGCUUCCUGAGCCACUGCUGAGAGAGAGAGAGAGAGACUACCGUAAUUUCUUGUGUAUAAUGCGCACCCAUGUAUAUUCCGCAUCCCCAAAGUUGACCUCAAAAUUCUGGAAAAUCCUUCUACCUAUGUAUCAGGCAUUUUUACAAUGCAUGAUUUUGCUUCUACCCAUAUGAGCAAAACAUGAAGUAUCUGUAUUUUGUUAGUUUUUUUCAAAUAAUUAUUCUGGUUUAGCACUUUAUUUGAGCACGUAAUCCUUUUUUUUUUUAUUUACUUGCUCUUAUUUUGAAAUUAACAGCCCUACUUUUAUUUUGUAAAUUAGAAAACACACAGUUGUCCUCAUAUGUUUGAUUACCCAGGCAGAAUUUGUAAGAUGGGUACAAUUCUUUAAAGAACACAUGAAGGACCAGGCGAAACACAUUUAAUUUUAUUUUAAUGGGAUUCAAAUUAAACGGUCAAGCAUUUCAGAAAAGCAUCAUCAUUAAACAAAACAUAACCAUAAAGAAAUAAAUGCUUGUUGUUCAGUGAGUCAUAUUUAAAAAAAACAAUAUUUCACGAAUUCUACCAGGUUAUGUAAACUUAUGAGCACAACUGUACAUAUAUGAAGUCGUACGUACCCGUCAUAUUGGAAUGAAAGUGGAGGCUACACCAUUUUUUUAUAACCUCGAGGUGGCGGUGGCAUUUUGGAAUGAAAGUGUACAGCUUUUUCAUAACCACUAGAUGGCGGCAACGUUUUUUUUGAUUUGCCACGAUACCCAUGUAUAAUGCGCACUAUUGAGUUUUGACCAUUUUGGGGGGGGGGGUGUAUAUAUACACGAGAAAUUACGGUACCACCGACCUGCCUGAGCCUACGGUCGUGAAUAGACGUCGCAAAACUUUUGCCAGACUACAACAUUAGUCCUUAAUCAUUUUGGGGAAAUUACUAGCUUCAGACAAAAUCUCAACUUUGUUCUCUCUCUCUCUCUCUCUCUUUCUCCCCCGUCCACACUGGACGCAGUAAACGCUCACGUUUCCAACUUUAGUCCAACACACGAUAUUCGAUUUCCCUUUUCAUAUGCCAAUUUUCCUUCUUUUUAUCAUUAUUAGUGUUAUUUUCUUUCGUUAGUUAGACCCCUUUGUGUGUUUCCCUCUAGAUCCCUUGUAGAUGUCAUUAAAUAUACUAUAAAACUCCA